CGGCGGCAGGGGCAGGGCUGGGCCCCACUUUGCUAUAAAUACACUGGCAACCCAGAGGCUCGGAUUUGGUGGCUUGGGCUUCGGACACGGGACCGCCGCUGCCGCCAUCGUAGCCUUCCUCAAGGGAAUUUCCUCCUCUUCCUCCUCUUCCUCAACUAAGAUGCCUCGCAUGGACGCAGACCUCAAGCUGGACUUCAAGGAUGUCCUGUUCCGGCCCAAAAGGAGCAGCCUGAAGAGUCGCUCCGAGGUGGGCCUGCAGAGGACUUUCACAUUCCGCAACUCAAAGCAGACGUACUCGGGAAUCCCCAUCAUCGCCGCCAACAUGGACACCACCGGGACCUUCGAGAUGGCCCAAGUCCUCAGCAAACACACGCUGUUCACGGCCAUUCACAAGCACUACUCAGUGGAUGAGUGGAAGAACUUUGCUUCUCAUCACCCCGAAUGCUUGGAGCAUGUGGCGGCUAGCUCGGGCAGCGGCAGCGGAGACCUGGACAAGCUUUGCGCCAUCGCUCAGGCUGUGCCCGCCCUCAAGUACAUUUGCCUGGAUGUCGCCAAUGGCUACUCGGAGCACUUUGUCGACUUUGUCAAGGCGGUGCGAGCCAAGUUCCCGUCGCACACCAUCAUGGCCGGUAAUGUGGUGACCGGGGAGAUGGUGGAGGAGCUCAUCCUCUCCGGGGCCGACAUCAUCAAAGUGGGCAUCGGACCAGGGUCCGUGUGCACGACUCGGAUCAAGACGGGUGUCGGUUACCCUCAGCUGAGUGCCGUCAUCGAGUGCGCGGACUCGGCUCACGGCCUCAAAGGACACAUCAUCUCUGACGGUGGCUGCAGUUGCCCCGGAGAUGUGGCCAAAGCAUUUGGUGCGGGCGCCGACUUUGUGAUGAUGGGCGGCAUGCUGGCGGGACACGACCAGUGUUCGGGCGAGGUGAUAGAGAAGAACGGCAAAAAGUUCAAACUCUUCUACGGGAUGAGCUCCGACACAGCCAUGAAGAAAUACGUGGGGGGCGUGGCAGAGUACAGGGCGUCGGAGGGUCGCACAGUGGAGGUUCCGUAUCGGGGCGACGUGGAGGCGACGGUGCGCGACGUCCUGGGCGGCGUCCGCUCCACGUGCACGUAUGUGGGGGCUGCCAAGCUGAAAGAGCUGAGCCGCCGGACCACCUUCAUCCGUGUCACACAGCAAUCCAGCCAAAUGUUCGCUUAGCGCCCUCUUGAGGACAUCUUGGGAUCCCCUGCUGUCGACCGACUCGCCACCCUCGCAAAUGAUGCAAAUGCAAAUCGAGGAAGGCAGACGACGGCUCGGUCGGCUGCGGCCAGCUGCGGCGUCUCCUAAGUUGAGUCACCGCUGCAUUCUGUGCGCAGAGACACCAAAGGCAAAUUUUUUUGCUGCUCUGUUGAGACGGGCAAGAAAAUGUAAAAUUAUGUCACUUGUCACUGUCGGUUCAAUGCAAUAAAAGUGCUCGCACAGAU